AUGUUGAAAUCUUUAGACUUUUUGAAAAAAUCACUAAAAUUAUUAGGGCCUUAUAAAUCAUCCUGUUACACUUAUUCUGCAAACAGUAUUAGAAAAAUGUCUUCUACAACAAGUAUUCCUAUUGUAGACAUUGAUCCUACAGGAGUUUUCAAAUAUAUAUUAUUAAAUGUUUAUGAUAAAGCUAAAAAUGAAGCAGAACCCCAAAUGGUAAUUGUUAGGGGUUAUAAAAGAUGCAACUACCAUUCUGACAUUUAUGAUGAGGUACAAGAAAAACUCUCUCCACUUGACUGUGAACCUUUAGGGGGAGGAAGGAUUUCUCAUGAUCCUGAUAAUAAAAAGAUACACAUUUAUGGAUAUUCUCAAGGAUAUGGAAAAGCAGAGCAUGAAGUUACAGCUAAACUAGUUAAAGAUGCCUAUCCUAGCUACACUAUUUCAAUCAGUGAUGAAGGGACCUAUAGUAAUAAAAAUAUAUUUGUUAUGGCUAAUUUUACAACUGAUGGAAAAUUAUGUAUCGAAAGGGAACUAGAAGUAACAAAAACGAAGGAAUAUGAAUUUGAUGACCUAAUUUCACAUUUCAAUAUUAUUGAUACUUGCAAAUGGAUAACAGAUAAUAAUCAUGCUAAGGUAUGUCUUCAGUUUCCUGAUGACUUAUUAGAAGUAAGUGCUGCAAUAUAUGAGCACAUUAAAGUAAGGACAAAUGCCGAUCUUUACAUUCUUGGUGAUACAUCCUAUGCCAGCUGUUGUGUAGACUCUGUAGCAGCCAUGCAUGUACAGGGGGAUGCUAUAAUACACUAUGGGCACAGUUGUUUCACUAAGACAGACAUACCAGUUUUUACUGUACUGCCAAAGAAACAGCUAAAUACUGAUGUGUUAAGGAAGAUAAUCCAAGAAACUUUGAUUAACCAAACUGAAAAAAGUUGCCUUUUUUAUGAUUCAGCAUAUGAACAUUGCAAAGACAACAUAUCAAGCAUAUGGUUCAAACAUAAUCCACAAAGUUAUAUAGCAUAUAUAAAUAUUGAAGAAACUGAAAACAGAUUUUUUGGAAGAAUAAUCAAAAAUGAAAGAGGCGAUGAAUUGACCAUGGAUUGCUUAAAAGAUUGUAAUUGUUUUUACUUAGGAGCAAAAGGACAGACAUUGUUUAAUUUUACAGUGUCUAUUCCAGCUUCUAAAUGGUACCUUUUAAAUGUAGAAGAAAAUAAAAUUGAAAGUCUUGAAGAAACUGUGUGGUUCAAAAGAAGACGGUUUCUGGUAGAAAAAUGCAAAGAUGCCAAUGUGAUUGGGAUACUUGUGUGUAAGCUGGCAGGAGAUCAAACUAAAGAUAUUAUAAGUCGAAUGAAAGAAUUGUGUAAAGUCAAUGGGAAAAAAAGUUAUAUAGUUUCUGUUGGAAAGCCAAAUGUUGCUAAACUAGCAAAUUUCCCAGAGAUUGACAUAUAUGUAAUGAUAGCCUGCCCGGAAAAUGAGUUGUACAAUAACAGAGAUUUCUACAAACCUAUAGUAUAUCCCUUUGAAUUGGAAAUUGCAUUAAAUUCUAACAGAGAACAGUAUUAUGAUUACCAUGUAACAGAUUACGAUGACCUUUUGCCCGGUAAGAGGCGUUAUUGUGAAAUUGACCACAUUAAAGAAGCUACCGAUGUCAGUCUCAUAACUGGUAAUAUACGAGAAACUAAAAUUCAUAGUUGUGUAGAGGGCAGCUCUGAAUUAGCAGAGAAACAAAAUUGGGCGUUAGAAAACAUAGGCCAAAAUCUACAAAACAGGUCAUGGAGGGGUUUAGAACAAAAACUAGGAGAAACUGAUGUCAAAGAAGCUGAAGAGGGCAGGAAGGGUAUACCCCUACAAUACAGUAAUGAGCCAGAG